AAUGAACAAUUUUCCAAUUAAACUUGUCCCCCCCACCGCCGCGGCAACGCGGAAUCUCCCAUUCUGUCUCGUAAAUUAUGCAUGAGAAAACAUUUUGCCAGCUCCUUAACUUUGCCAUCCAAUACAACCUUGGCUGGCUCUUUCCUCUCCCCUAUGAUGUUUCCUAAAUCAUGACUGUCAAUCAUGAAAGAAUGCCCAAAAAGAGCAGAGCAUCCUAUAUAAAGUCUUCAUCCUCUCACGUUAGCCACCACCAAAAAGAAAUUAAACCCUUUAAUUCCUUUCACAGUUCCCAUUGUUCAGUGUUUUUCUCCAUCAUCAAUGAAAAUGAAGUCCAUCACUUGCAGUAAUUGGCUGAAGCUUUCAGUGUUCAUGACACUGCUCUUAGCUACCUCCGCUGGUAAUUUUUACCAAGAUGCUGUCACAACUUUUGGCGAUCAACGAGUUAAGAUAGCCGAGGGUGGUCGACUUCUCUCAUUGUCCCUAGAUAAAUCAUCAGGUUCAGGGUUUCAAUCCAAGAAUGAAUAUUUGUUUGGAAGAUUUGACAUGCAACUCAAGCUUGUCCCUGGAAACUCUGCUGGCACUGUCACCACAUUCUAUCUGUCAUCUGUAGGACAGGGACAUGAUGAGAUUGAUUUUGAGUUCUUGGGUAAUGCUAGUGGGCAACCAUACACUCUCCACACCAAUGUUUACUCACAAGGAAAAGGGGAUAAAGAACAGCAAUUUAAGCUUUGGUUUGAUCCCACAACUUUCUUUCAUACCUAUACAAUGGUGUGGAACUCUCAACGUAUAAUUUUCUUGGUUGAUAACAUUCCUAUAAGAGUAUACAACAACCACGAAGCCAUUGGAGUUCCAUUCCCCAAGAACCAACCAAUGAGGGUGUAUUGCAGUUUCUGGAAUGCAGAUGACUGGGCAACACAAGGUGGCCAAGUGAAGACAGAUUGGGCAAAUGCACCAUUCACAGUUUACUACAGAAACUUCAACGUCAAGGGAGACGUUUGUGUUCCUGGAUCUCCUUGUGGUUCUGGCUCUAAAUCCACAGAUUCUCUGAACACUCAAGAAUGGGAAACUCAAGGACUUGAUGGCAAAGGACGAAAUAGAAUCCGAUGGGUUCAACAGAAGCACAUGAUCUACAACUACUGUGCUGAUCGUAAGAGGUAUCCUCAAGGCCUUCCUGUUGAAUGCAAGCGUCCGAGGUUCUGAGGAGAUCAUGGAAAAGGCUGCUGUGAGUUGAUGAAAUUAAUUCUUUGUUCUUUUUUGAACAUCAAAAAUAAAAUGGUGUGUUGUUUGGUUUACCUUUUGCUCAUCACAUAUUGUUGUUGAAAAUUUUUUUUUUUUUCAUCUUUUUCAUAAUUCAGUAAUAGGCUAAGUAAAGUUUAAUUGAUAUCCUGUAUGCUGUCGAGCGGAAUUCUUAAAAGGAAUCCCAUGAUGAAUAAAAUAUCUUUAUGCUUUA